UACUAUAUACGAAAGCAAACGUUUGACUAACUGACCCUAAAUCACACCGGAUGUACCUGUUCCGACUUACUUAGUAAGAGAACCUGCGAUUUUUUUUACCCUGGCCCACAAUAACCCACGCACAUCCUCCCGUCUACACUGCAUAUAUCAUCACAGUAAUUGUUUUUUCUAUAUUUAUCAUAUAUUGCAUUUGCUGCGGCAAGAUUAACAAAUUUCACGACACAUGCCAGUGUGUUUAAGCUGAUUCUGACUCCCUGAUAAUAAACCCACUCCUGCUUGUUUUUCACCUCCUCCCUGGGGAAAAGACAAUCUGCUUUUACCAUGUCAAUGCCCCCAUAUCUGAAAGAUUUACUUCCACUUGGUCUGUUUCCUGAACUGCAGGGAAUAAAGACUUCCUGACAUAAUCUCUCCUGGUAACUCAGUCUCCGCAACCUCGCGGUGAAUCUUUUCUGCACCGUCUAGUUCCAUAACAUCUUUGCUAUGACAGGGUGACGAAAGUUGUCACAGUAGCCCCGGUGUGGCAAUUCAUCUGUCAGCCUAACCCUCAGUUUGCAUAAAUUGACCCACAACCUCGCCCAGUGGUCACUCCAGCCACCCACCGGCUCCCAUGCCGAAUGUCCCAGACACCGUAAGGCAUUGUUCUGCCUUCUCCCCAUAAACCCUUUGACAGACACACUAACUUAUCAAGAAAUAUACACAAUUGCUUAGCCUCCACAGUCGUCUUAUCAAUGAAUUCCACAGAUUCACCAUCUCUGGCACAAAAAAAAUCAUCCUCAUCUCUGUUAAAGUCAUAGAAUAGUAUAGUACGGGGAAAGGGUCUUCGGCCCCGAACCAUUUACACUGCGGACUCCCAUCGACCCGGACAAUACCCCUCCCAUCCAUUCAAACUUCUCCAAAAACUUGAAAUCGAGAACUUGUUGUGAAUUAACGUCCCUCUAAUCUGAGGCUGCACCCUCGCGACGGAGACUCUCUCGUUAAGGGAAACAUCCUCCCCACAUCCUCUCUAUUUCGCCCUUUCAAUGUUCCGUAAGUUUCAAUGAGAUCCCCCCACGUUCCUCUGAACUCCAUCCAGCAAGGACAGUGCCAGAGUCGACCCCUCCCGAGUAUGUCCUCCUCCGGAAUCACCAGCCGGGUCAGCCCCCCGAGGAUCGGCCACCCUCUAACCCCGCCCACCCGCUUUCUCCGCUGUCCCGGGAGAUCCGUCGCCGUGCCCGCACCUCUGCAUUCUCCCUCCCUCCCCGGAUUCGCGUCAGCUUUGGGCUGCGGGGAUGGAGGAUAUGGCCCAGGAUCCCGCGACUGUCGGGGAAACACCGCCAACGGUCCGUUUACAGGAACUACGGAGAGCCAAGACCACAGCUCAGAAUGCAAACAAGGCAAAGAGAGUGGCCGGCAUCUGCCACCAACUUGGGCAGAUAUUGAUGAAGAGUGGUCAGUUCCAGGCUGCCAUUCAGGAGUACGAACAGGAGCUGGAACUGCUGAUGACUUGGAGUGAUGUGAUUGGCUGUGCCACCACCCAUCGUCUGAUUGGUGACUGUUACUUAGAGUUGAAGAGCUGCGAUUCAUCACUGAAGGUAACGUUGGGCCUCAGAGAUCAAGGGUGAGGGAAUUGGCGGGUGAGGAGUGAGGCUGGAGAGUGAAGAGGGCCAGGGUAUGUCUCAGCAUUAGUGAGAUAGGGGAUUAUUGUUACUUUGGCAAGAAUGUGCUGUCUGUGAUGCCAAAUUAAACUCUAUCUCUUCUGCCUGCACACGGUCCAUACAGUAUC